AUGACCUGCAAAUUAGAGGAGCAGUUUCAGGAGCCUGAGAACUUGGGCCUGGGGAAAGCUACACCCUCCUUCCUGUCUUCCCCACCCCUUUCUUCUAUGACCAGAUCCUCCUUAUUCAGCUCCUCCUGCUCCUCGUCUUCCAACUCUUCCAGCUCUGUCCUGUUCCAGGAAGCACUGAAAGGUUUUUCUGGGAUACAGAGUGCUCCCCAGAAGCUUCUAACAGCCUUCCUCUCCCCCAGGACCAUGAAUAACAUUCCACUGCGCCAACUGGAGGAGAAUGCGCGUGGCCAGGUGGGGCCACACGUGUGGGAGGAGCUGGAAGAACUCGAUCCUUUCCUCCAAGAAGAGUUUUAUGAGAAGAUGGCUGACAUGGUGGGGUUCCUGCUCCUCAAGUACCGCUCCAGGCAGCUAACCACCAGGGCAGAAAUGGUGAACAUCGCCCUGAAUAACAACCAGGCGUUCUUUCCUGUGGUUUUCAGUAAGGCAUGCGAGUGCAUGCAGCUGGUCUUUGGUAUUGAGGUAAUCGAAGUAGAACCUCAAAUCCCCGCCUAUGCCCUAGCCACCAACCUGGGCCUUAGCUAUGAUGGGAUUGUAGGGCCUGACUAUAGCCUGCCCAAGACAGGUCUGCUGAUCAUUGUUUUGGGCAUCAUUGUUCGGGAGGGCAACUGUGUGUCUGAGGAAGAAAUCUGGAGAGCACUGAGUCUGAUGGGGGUGUGUGUUGGGAUUGAGCACUUCAUCUAUGGGGAGCCCAGGGAUCUCCUCACCAACGUGUGGGUGCAGGAGCAGUAUCUGGAGUACCGCCAGGUGCCUGGCAGUGAUCCUCCCCAAUAUGUGUUUCUGUGGGGUCCCAGGGCCCAUGCAGAAACCAAUGAGAGGCAGGUACUGGAGUUUUGGCUCAGGGCCACUAAUAGAUUUUAG